CGGGCAAAACAAGGGACGGUCAGCUGACGCACGUUGACGCUGCGUUGACAUUUUGGCACAUGUUUUUAAAGAUCCAUGCUUAAAUGGCCGUUUUUUUAACAUUUUCUCUUCUAAACCAAUGCCUCUAAAUAGUGGCAUUGUCUUUGUGCCAUUCCCUGGUUUUAACUGGCCAAUCAGACCAUGAAUAAUGAGGAUCAUUUCUCCGAGGAAUCCAAUGGAUCCUCCCCAUCUAAUUCUGAUGAAGUCACCAUCAAAGAAAACUCUGAAGAGGAUAAACCUUCUGAAUCCAAAGAGUCCAAGUCUAAGUUUAAUUGUGAUGUUUGUCAUAAAGUAUAUCGUCACAAGUCAGAUAUGCUUCGACAUCGGCGAAGUCAUAUUGAGUCUGUUGUUAAAUGUUCUCAGUGCCCUGCCUCAUUCCCAACGGAAAUGUCACUUAAAAAGCAUGUAGCUGCAAAACACGCUGCUGCUGGAAAUUCUGGAAACCCUGGAAACCAUGAUUUUGGUGAACACUUCCUUGCUCAAUUAGUUCUUCCCGGUACCACUGCUGAGGUGAUAGAUGCAGCAUCAUUUGUUAAAGGUGAGAAGAGAUUUGUUGAUCAAUCGAAAGGUUACCCAUGUAGUCAAUGUGGGCUUAGAUUCAAAGAUCGCCGUUCAUUAGAUAAUCACAGCAAGCAACAUAUAGAAGUAGCAAAUGCAGAAAAGGCAAAAGGCUAUCAUUGUAAUCAGUGUGUAGAACAUUUUCGAGACAAAAGAGCACUUGAGCGGCAUGUCAAGAAGAAGCAUGGUAAACCCCAUGUAUGUAUUCAAUGUAGGGCUCGCUUUGCAACAGAUGAGUUGCUUAAAGAACAUGAAUGUAAACUUGAAGAGAGCAAGCAAUUUGCAUGUGUGAAGUGCAAUGCAACAUAUUCCAGCCCACGUAACUUAAAACGUCAUAUGCAAAAUCAUCACUCCAGUGCUAAACAUUUGAGCUGCCCUGUUUGCCAAAAGGAAUUUGGCGGUGACAAAGAUCUCAAAGCUCACAUGAAGAAGCAUGAAGAGACUACCUGUAAUCAAUGUACAGCUGUGUUUGACACCGAGGAAGAACUUCAGAGUCAUGUUUGCACAAUGCAGUGCCACUUCUGCAUGGAGCUAUUUGCAUCAAAGACUGCUCUUGAAGAUCACAUGCUCAAUCUACAUGCAGCUGAAUUGGAAGAAGAACGAAGUGAUGAUUAUCGAUUAGAUGAUGAUGAUGACGAUGACGAUGAUGGAGAGGAAGAUGGAGACGACAACGAUGAUGAAGAUGAUGAUUUUGAAGGUGAAGCUACAUUUGAAACUAAUAUGUCUACUGGUGGAGAGAAUGAAAAUUUAAUUAGAACAGAAGAGGAUGAAGAAGCUAAUGAUGAAGAAGAUGAUGAUGAGAUGGUGAGAACACCUGAUGAUAUUGGCUUUGAGGAAGACUUCGAUUUGGAGAAUGGUAUGAGUGAAUUUGCUAAUAGUCCUCAAGAUGAUACUCCCCUUUGCAUUGCCUGCGGAACAUCUUUCCAUACUAUUAAAGACUUAAAAAUUCAUAUGAUGGAACAUGCAAGGAAACGAUCAUUUGUUUGCUUGAAAUGUAACAAAAACUUUACCACCAUGACAAAUUUGCGCCGUCACUUACAACAUCAUGAGAAGAAUACCUGUAAGAUGUGUGGAUUAUUUUUCCUUCAUGCUAAGUCAUUUGAGAUUCACGAUUGUGGUUACACACCUUACUGCAACAUUUGUCAUAGACCAUUUAAUUCUAAACGUGAAUAUAGAUUGCACAUGUUAACUCAUGGGAUCAUAGAAGAGGAAGAUAAGAAUGAAUGCUAUAAGUGUGCAGAUUGUGGUAAAACAUUUGCAAAGUUCAUGAACUUCCGUGCUCAUCGCGCCAACCACACUGGAGAAAAACCUUUUGUAUGCCGUGACUGUGGUGAAGGAUUUUUGUCAGCCACUGCCUUAAGAAUUCAUAGAAGAACACACACUGGAAAAACUUAUUUCAGCUGUCAACAAUGUGAUGCUACGUUUGUAUAUGAAUUCAAGCUAAAGCAACACUUGUUGACCCACAAAACUGAUGAAGAAAUGCCUUUUCACUGUCCCUAUUGUCAACAGGGCUUUGUUGCAAAAUCUGGCCUGUUGCGCCAUGAAGUCGUAUGUCAAGCACAAUCCCAAUCCUCUGAAGCAAAUAAGGAAGAAAGCGCUGAAGCAAUGCGAAAGCAAAGAAUGUACAACAGAAGCAAAGUUGGCAAAAAUCCUAACAAGAAGUGCCAUGAAUGCGGUGAAAGUUUCCUGCGUUAUGAUCAGUUCCUUUUGCAUAUGCGAACCCACAAUGACAAAGCUGAGCUUCCAUUGAAGUGUUCCUACUGUCCAAAGGGUUUUGUUCAUGAGUACAACAGAAGACAACAUGAAAGAUUUUGUGCUAAUCGAUCUGCUGAAGAAAGGAAAGAACGUCUCCAGAAAGAAAGAGAUUACAACUUGUACAAGACAUUUAAAGGGCAGAAGGUCUUUAAAUGCAAUGAAUGCAAGCAGAUGUUCCGAUACAGGCAUAAGUUUGUGUUGCAUCAAGAAACGCACAAAAGUGAUGGAGAAAAGAAGUAUCAUUGUCUACUUUGUGGUGGUGGAUUCGUAUCCAGAUCAGGACUCAAGCGGCAUGGAAUGCACUGCGAGAAACGAUCCCAGCAUGAAAGAGGACAGAGACAAGAGAAGAAAAAGCAAAAGGCAAGUAUGCUUAAGCGUGCUAUUGGCAGAUCCAAGUCUAAAGGAGAAGAGAAGAGUCUUUGGUGUGCUGACUGUGGGGAAGGAUUUGCAUCAAAGCAAGAUCUCUCCAAUCACAGACUCUCUUGCAUAAGAGCUGUCAUAUCAGGAAAGAAGAAAGUUGUUCCAAAAACUGUACUGAAAGACUUCAAAUGUCCCAUCUGUACUCGAGUUUUCCAUUUUGCUCAUAUCCUGAAGUUGCACAUGGAUGCCCACAAUGGGAUCUUCCCCUACCAGUGCAAAAUGUGUUCUCGUGGCUUCACUCUCAAGUCCAGUUACUUAUUGCAUAAAUGCCUGAAAGAUGGAGCGCUGGCUGAUCAAGAUCAAGAUGGAGAAGGGGCAUCUGUAGAAGAAAUGGAAGCCAUGCAACAUAUAAAAGAAGAGCCUAUGGAUGAAGAGGCUUGAUUUGUCACCAUUGGUUUGUAAUUUCCUGCACGUAUAUAAAAAAGCACUAAAACCAAGUUUGUGUGAUUGUGUUGCAUAUUUGUUGGAGAGCAGCUAUAGCAAAUGUAAUCUACUGAACCAUGUUUGCUGAAAACUUUCACAAUUUUUAUUACUCUCUCCAUAAAUGGAGUGAAAUCAUUGAGUCUAUUUUAGAAAAUAACUGUAACUUGAUCACCAUCUUUUCUGCUCUCAAGAUAUUGAAUUUUUGGUUGUGCAGGCUUACAGUCCUACAAAAAUGUGCUUUUGGUGUUCUGUUUACUAGCAUUUCUAAUGUGAAGUCCCAGAGGUUUAGUGCCAUUACCUCAUGAUGAUUGUCUGGCCUAUAUUUUCGCUUCAACCAUGCCUACUUAGCGCUUCUCUGAGAAUGUUUGUAUACCUUUCAAGAGAUCAAAUGCUAUUGAGCAAAGUACUAUAUUUGUCUUGUCACCUUGUGUCACUCUUGACUAUGUAUUAAUAAGUAUUGAUCCCCGGUUAUUACUACAGUUCUUAAGACUGACAUUUGCAAUAAAUUCUUGAAGCUCGUAAUGUGAUGACUAAGUCAAUGUGGUGUUAAUUAUUUCAAAUUUUAGUUAUGAUAUAUCUCUUGUUUAUAUUUUUAUUUGAAAAUGUUUACAUUUUCUGAUUCUUGUUUUUUUUUUCUUUUGUUUAUGUGAAUGUUUAAAUUGCAAUAUUGUCUUUAGAUUAAUUUCAGAAAACAUGUGGCAGCUGUAGCUAUGGGUUUUCAGACUUUCUUUUAAAAGAGUUGAUAUAAAUCUGAAACCUUUCUGUUUUGUUUCAUUUCUUAAUUUUUUUUCUUUUGUUUUUUCUUGUUGAAACUUGUACUUUCAGAAGUCUGUGGUCUGUUUUUCUUUUAUUCAGCUUUAAGAGUCGAAUUGUCCUUGUUCAUUUUUUCCUUUUGUUUAAAAAGUAUUGAAUUUUAAGUUUUGUCAGUUAUUCAGAUUUUAAACACACAAUAUAGUUUAGUAUAAAAAUUCCUGGAGUGCGUUGGAUUGGGACCAAUUCUUGAGCUUAUUCUUGAUAGUUGUUUUAGGUACAAUUUGUUGAAGAACGGUGACGCAAGAACAAAUUUGUUACCACAGCUUUUCAAUCACUUAAUGUAAAGAUGUUGGUACUUUAAGGUUGUGGUGGUUUGGACUUAUCUAGUUGAUGAUUCAACAGAGCUCAAUCGUCCUAUAAAGAAAUUUAGAGUAAGUGUAAUUUUUACCAAUAAAUGUUUUGAAUUAA